AUGGAAAAAGAAAAGAUUAACGUCCUCCUCUAUGGUCUAGGAGCGAUCGGCUCCUUCUACGCCUUCAUUCUGCACCGCACCAACCGUGUCCGCCUGACAGUUGUCGCUCGAUCAAACUACGAAGCUGUCGUCAAGAAUGGCAUCUACAUCGACAGCGCCAACCACGGCCAGCACCGCUUCCAUCCUGAUCUGGUGAUAAAGUCACCAUCUGAAGUAACACAUCCAUAUCACUACAUCAUCUGCGCGAACAAGGCCAUCGAUCAAGACGCCGUAGCCGCGCAAUUGGGCCCUGCGGUAGACGACAACACCACGUUCGUGAUCAUCCAGAACGGAGUGGGGAAUGAGGAGCCCUUCCGACGGGCAUUUCCGGCUUGCUCGGUUUUGACCUGCGUGACAUGGGUAGGCGCAACGCAGACCUCACCGGGUGUGAUCACGCACAUCAAAUCCGAGGAUCUGCAGAUUGGGCUCUUCCCGAAUCCUUCGGUUGAAGUCUCGGUUGAGAACUCCCGUCUGGAAGAGUUCACGUCCUUCCUGACGGUCGGGGGGACGAAGUUCCAGGUUGUGGAGGAUAUGCAGCUCCCCCGGUGGGAGAAAGUAGUUUGGAACGCGGCGUGGAACUCGAUUACCGCGCUGACGAUGGUUGAUACGCAGACGUGGUUGACUUCGUCUGCGGACGCGGCGCCGUUGACGAGGCGUCUGAUGGGGGAGGUUAUUGCUGUGGGCAGGGGGUGUGGUGUUAACCUUGACGAAGGGCUUGUGGAUAGAUUGAUGGACAAGAUCAAUGCGUUACCCGGGAUUGGGAGUAGUAUGCAGGUUGAUUGUCGGAAUGGGAGGCCGAUGGAGAUUGAGGUUAUUUUGGGGGUUCCGUUGCGGAGGGCGAAGGAGUUAGGGAUUGAUACGCCAGUGUUGGAGACGUUGACAUGUUUGCUACGGGCUGUGGAUGGGCGGUUUCGUUGA